AUGACUGGCCUGUGCGCAAUUGAAGCAGCCGUUAAGAAAGGUCUACAAGUGCGUGCAUUCCUCCGCGACCCGGCGAAGCUCUCCGAUCACCUCAAAGAUAAGGUAGAGGUUUUCAGUGGCGAUAUUCUCGAGCCCGAUUCCGUCGCCAACGCGGUAGAGGGCACCGACGGCGUUGUUAUUACCUUAGGCACCCGCGAGUCCAUGGAGUCGACCUCCGAUCUAUCCGAAGGCCUUAAAAACAUACUAGAUGCAAUGAGAGCCAAGAAUGUGAAAAAUGUAACCAUAUGCUUAUCUGAUUUACUCAUUUGCGAGCCGAAAGAAGUACCUAAAGAGUAUGGUGCGUUGACCGACGAACAUAGGAGGAUGUAUCAAGUGUUGAAAGACAAUGGCCAGAACUGGGUUGCCGUAUUCCCUCCUCCAAUUUUAGAGUACCCCAGCCGUGAAAUCAUCGUGGAGAUUAAUCCACGGAAGUCACCCGGUGGGACCAUCUCAAAGUGGGACCUCGGCGCAUUCAUGGUUGACGCUCUAUUCGAGUCUAAGUACAGCAGAACCAACGUUUCGUUGUGCAAUGUACCUAAACAAUAG